AUGAAAGGAGGAAUGAAAUCCAAAACUUCAUCAUCCAAAAUCAAAGCAGAUAAAAUUAAACCUCCAACGACAGUACCUCUUCCUCCUUCAGUUAAUCCUUCAUCAUUCACUUUAUUAUAUCCAUUUCAAACAUUAAAGAAGCAAAAAGAUUUUAAAAAGGAUUUCAAGAUAUUAAAUAAACCAAUUGACCCGAAAAUUCAACCGUUAAAGGAAAAAUUUGGUCGCCCUUCAUUUGCACCAUAUCCAUAUUCAUACGAAAUCGAUCAUCUGGAAUAUUCAAAAGGAAACGUUACUUAUUUAUUUGCCAUUAACAUUAACACUAGAUAUUUAUAUUGCAUUUCAGUGAAAGGGAAAACAGCACAGGAAACAAGAAGAGCUAUACAAUACUUACUAGAUCAUGAAAGAGUAGAUAAUAUAAGGGGUGAUGGUGAUAAAGGAUUUCAGGCAGCUAUGGCUCAUUAUUUCCCACAAAUUCAUUUUUACUUUUCAUCCUCUCCAUAUACGUUUCAUAAUAAAAUAGUUGAUGCGGUAAUGAGAACUCUUAGAGAUGCGUUAGGGGUUAACGGUCAGAUAUACUGGGAUGGAAAUCAUGACUCCAUCAUACAGCAGUUAGUAUAUUAUUACAAUAAUACAUGGCAUAGAACUAUAAACAUGAAACCAAUGGAAAUGAAAAAUGAUAUUUCAAAAGAAUGGGAAUAUAUUAGAAAGCAAAUGGAAAGGUUAAAUGAUGUUAAACGUGAACAAAUUAAUUCGGGGCUCAUGAAUUUUAAACAAGGGGAUAAAAUUUUGAUUCAUCUCGAUUAUGGAAAAACUGAUAAAUCAAUGACAAAAAGAAGACGAAGAUUUGACACAAUAGCUGAAUUUGUUAGAUAUAUUAACGGUAAUGCAUUAGUUGAAGUUGACAAUAAAUUAAUAGAAAUUCCGAUUUAUUUUAUUACUCCAUUAUAUUUAAAUAAUAUUUAA